AUGAAACCGUCGAAUCACGCACGUCAAGUGGCCAUGCGCUUUCUGAAUGCUUCGGACUCGUCUGAGAAACAACAUCCGACAAAAUCGACUCAACAUUGUCUAUCCCCUACUGAUCCUAGUGAAGAUUCCAUAUCCAGUGCCAUGGCAUCACCUGUACUGACUAGCAAGUCGGUACCUGUUACAUCGCCUAAUCUAGCCAAAAGCUCACUUCCAGGUCUACAAUUUGCCAUAUCCGCACAACGUGCACCAAGUCGUGAGCUUCGGCUCCCGUCGUUCUCGAGUGCUUUGUAUGAGCAAGAAAAUGACACACCUGCAGUUAGCAGUGCCGAUGAAGGAGAGGUCGACCGAUUGACAAUGGAUAAGACGUCAGCUCAAAGACGGAAAAAGGGAACACGUCGAGGAACGCUUCAUCCGGAAGCCAAGAAUGUACUGAAGGCUUGGAUGUUUUCACCGGAACAUUUUGCUCACCCCUAUCCAAGUGAAGAAGAGAAGGAAGAAUUGGCUACGGAAGCUGGUAUUGAAGUGAAGCAGCUCUCAAACUGGUUUACAAACGCUCGGAAGCGGCUAUGGCAGCCUGUUUUGCGACAAUCGGGGGUUGAAGUCAAGAAUUUUCUAUCAACGGGACGAGGUGGUCCGCGUGGCAAUAAAUUGGAUGUACCAGCUAAUCUGCAUCAGCUGGUAUCACCAUCACCUGUACCCAGUCCACCAAGUUCGCCUCGUAAACGCUCGUGGUCAGCUAGUUCGUCGCUUUCCACGGUUUCUACCACAUCUCCACUGGAUGAAACGAAGCACAAAAAAAACUUUGCCACGCGCAAACGUUCGAAAUUGACCACUGCUUCGUGGGACAAGGAUCGCCUUCCACAACUUUACGACUUGGAGCUGCUUGCAGCGACGUCACUACUCAAGCUGCACCACUUGAACCAGUCGAUAGUUGAAGCGGAAGUACAGCUAAUAGAUGAACAGUAUUUUCAGCACUUACUAAGAUGA